UCUUGCCGUAUGACCUGUGGUAGCAGUCGAGCCGAGCCACCGCUAGCGCCAAACAGAGCUUCGAACUCACGUGGUCUGGUCUCGUAACUUCAACCUGAACGCUCUUCGAAUUAUUGUCCUACAGGUUUAACUUCUAACGAUGACUUCAUUUCAAAAUGCAUGUCAUUGUGUUGAUUGCCGGUUGUUCGUUCCUUGUGUCAUUUAAUCGAGGAAAAAACAUCCUAAUUGCCUUCAUUGUUGCGGAAUAAGCUCGUCGCUGCUUCCCGGCGUUGCUUUUAGCUUGUUCGCUCUAAACGAACAAAGGCGGAAUUUAAGCAACAUCUAUAGAACUCAAGUGAGUGUAGAGAGUUGUUGCGUAUCCUGUGAAAAUGUGCAAAUCACAAAUGCUGAGAGCCUUGCUGAAUGAGCGACUGAGUGCCGCCGUCGAAGAAAUAGUUGGAGUGUUUGAAAGAACGAUUGCAGAAUACGAGGAGCAACUUUGUCGAACGAAGGAGGAAAACGAGCGACAACGUCAGCUAUUGGACGCCGUUUUCAAGACGCAAGGUGGACAAAGAAGAGAUAUCAGUGAAGAUGAUCCUGUGAAGCAGGAGUGGCGCUCCGGAGUGAAGCAGCAGGAUCUAGCGCACCCCCACGUUAAAAAGGAAAAGGUGGAAAAGCAGGAGUGCCACUCUGGGGUGGAGCAGCAGGAUCCAGCGCGUCCUAACAUUAAAGAGGAAGAGCUGGAAGAGCAGCUUCAAAGGCCGGAGUUGCUUGCUGAUCACGUUGUCCUGAAGAUUGAAAAUUGUCAAAGUGAGGAGAACAGAGGGACGAGCAGUAACUCAGGUCGGCAUGUGACAACACAAGGUGACGGCGAUCACUGCGGAGGACCACAAGCAGACAGCCGCUUUGCUCAUCUAUCUGUCAGCGAUGGCAUGACGUCACGUUUGCCGGAUAUUGAUAAUAAACAUUUGAAAGAUGAUAUGAGAUGUCCCACUGACGACAGAUGCUGGAAAUGCUCUCAGUGUGACAAAGUCUUCUUUAACCAGACCCAUUUAAAUAGGCACAUGGGAUGGCACACAGGAGAGAGACCGUUCAUGUGCUCAGCUUGCGGUCAAGCAUUCUUGAAGGAACCACACCUGAUCACGCACACGAGGACGCACACUGGAGAGAAACCUUUUUCCUGCUCGGUCUGCAAUAAAAGCUUCAGCGUUCGUUUCACUUUAACUCAACACAUGAAGACACACAAUCGGGAAAACCCCUUCAGGUGCUUAGUGUGCGAUAAGAGAUUCGCUUAUCCAGUAUCCUUGAUAAGGCAUGCCAGCACGCACACUGGAGAGAAUCCACAUCCCUGCUCGGUCUGCAACGCAAGUUUUCGCCUUCGGUCGUCACUCGUGAUCCACAUGAGGAAACACACUGGACAGAAGCGGUUUUCCUGCCCUGUAUGCAAAAAAUGUUUCUGUGCCGCUGCAACAUUGAGGAAUCAUAUGAGAAUACACACUGACGACGGCAACUAGCUGUGCCAUUUGAGGGACUCCUGAGUCCCUCGAGUACCAUUUUGAACAGUUUGCACGCCUUUGAUGUCUACGUUGUGAUGUUUAUAAUCAAAGUUGACAGGAAAAAGUGGAUACAGUGUUCCACAACAUAUUUUAGAUUCAUUACUAGUGCUGCCACAAAUUACUGCUUUGCUACAGAAGUCAACUAGUCAUGAUAAUAAUUGGGAUUAGUGAACUAAUUGGAUCAUAUAAGAAUUGUAUAAAUACACCCUUCUCGGUUAUUUAGGCAUCAAUAUUUUUUUAUGUACAGUAUAAGUGAAAUCAGAAGAGUACAAUUUUGGAAAAAGUGUGCUCAAGAAAAUUGCAAUAAACACUUUUUUUUAAACCUUUGCUUAUCCAAAUAGUUUUUCUUUGCUUCACGUGUGUCUAAUUUAGACAGAUUUGAUCUACAAAAUCAAAAUGAGGUCUGCACCUGAAAUGGGGAGGAGGAAUAUAUUUCAUAGCAUUCCAAUGUGGUGCGAGGUUGGGGCAAGCACGUCGAGCUCUGUUACUUUGAGUACAGGAGAAAAUUGUAGUCUGUGAACUCGAGCAAAAUUUUUUUGAAAAUUUUGAUUGUAAACUCAUCUGAGAUUAAGCCGAGGUUCCGUUUUAGUUUUCCACUUCGCUUGAGUAGUGGAAGGUCUGAAUCAACACUCAAAGCUCAAUACGUUCCUCCCAAAUCCAGGCAAAAAUAAUGUGUGUGUGUGUA